AUGGUUCAAUCCGGGUUAGCACGCGCGGCUUCAACACUCUCAUCUCGUGAGGAUACCAGGCUUGGCGAGGCCGCUCAACUGCGCCGAGGAUCCAACCAGGCUAUACAGAGACAGAAGAUCUUCAUUCAACCUCAUGUCUACAGCACGCGACACUCCAUUCAAACUGCCCAUAACAUUCAGGUACUCGACGAGUUGAGCUCCGCUUUUAAAGCGGGUGACGGAAAUCAACAGUACCUGGACAUCGGAUGUGCCAAUGGAGACUUCACGCGGGAUGUUCUUCUCAACAAGUGUGGGCCUUGUAAACGGAUAGUCGCUGUAGAUAUUUCCGGAGAUAUGAUAAGGUACGCCAGAGAACACUCAUCUCAUCCUAAGCUCUUGUACGAGGAACUGGACAUCGGUGGUGACGUGUCCUCGUUCAGGAAGGAGUACGGGAGCUUUCACCGUAUUUACUCUUUCUACGUGCUUCACUGGUUGAAGGAUCAAGCUCGAGGAUUUAAGAAUAUAGCCGACCUGCUGGCACCUGGCGGGGAAUGUUUGCUGUUGUUUUGUGGGAAGGCGAAAGUAUUCGACGUUUGGGAGGAGCUCGCUGGAACCGAACGCUGGAACUCUUAUGCGGAGGAUCUCCUCAAUGCUAUCCCGCAAAGUCACUACAUGGAAGACCAGGACGCGUACGUCUCCAAGCUCCUAGAGUCUGCUGGACUUAAAGCCCACACGAGUCAAGCACUCGCGAAGAUGCUGCGGUUUCCUUCAGAACAUGUUUUAAACGAAACACUGAAGGCAGUUCUGCCAAUCUCAAGCUACGUUAAUUCCGAAGACAGAGAUGAACUGCUUGAAGACUUCCUUGCAAAAGUAAUUACCGCCAGUAGCAGGGAGGCGUCGGGUGCCGUAUGUUUCUUCACGUCAUAUUUCCUUGUUCACGCUUACAAGCCCAAAUGAAGAUAACGUUGUCGUACACUAUAUGUCGUGCAAGGGAAGAAUUUGUUUCAGAAUAAAGACGAAGUCAACAGUGCAGUUGAGCUGUGGUAUCUGCUAGAUAAUUACCACAUACGGACCGUAAGGUGGUUUAUCGAGAGAUAA